UUCAGCUCUUGAUAGGGGCAGUAAUGCCAUCCUUGUACUGCUAGAUCUAAGUGCUGCCUUUGACACCACAGAUCACGCUAUUCUACUUGAUAGGUUAGAAAAUCUUAUAGGAAUUAAAGGAUCAGCCCUCACCUGGUUCAGAUCUUAUCUGAGAGAUCGAUUCCAGUGUGUUUACUUAAAUAACGAAUGCUCUUAUCAGUCUAGAGUAAAAUAUGGUGUCCCUCAAGGAUCAAUACUGGGUCCAUUACUCUUUAUAUGCUACCACUGGGUAAAAUUAUCCGUAGGCAUGGUAUUAACUUUCACUGCUAUGCUGAUGACACGCAACUUUACAUAUCUGCUAAACCCAACGAGGAGCUCUGUAUAAAUCAAAUAACAGACUGUAUUAAAGACAUUAAAAAUUGGAUGACACACAACUUUCUCUUACUUAAUUCUGAUAAAACUGAGGUCCUUCUAUUAGGUCCUAAUAUUGAUAAAAACAUAAAUGUUAAUACUGUAGACAUAGACGGUCACUUAAUUAUACCUGGUAAAACUGUGAGGAACCUUGGGGUCAUCUUUGACCCAAUUCUUUCGUUUGAUGCUCACAUAUGUAGCAUAGUCAAAGCUGCAUUCUUCCACUUAAGAAAUAUAGCUAAAAUCCGCAGUAUACUGUCUCUGGAAGAUGCUGAGAAGCUGGUACAUGCAUUCAUAACCUCCAGGCUGGACUACUGCAACGCGCUGUUGGCUGGAAGUCCACAUAAAUUACUCCAUAAACUCCAGCUAGUUCAGAAUGCAGCCGCAAGAGUGCUUACCAGAGCUAGAAAGUUCGAUCACAUUACACCUAUUCUUUCAUCCCUACACUGGCUACCUGUUAGAUUUCGUAUAGAUUAUAAAAUACUUCUCCUGACGUAUAAAUCCCUCAAUGGUCUGGCCCCGCAUUAUCUACAGGAACUCCUUACUCCUUACAAUCCGCCGCGUUCACUCCGCUCCCAAGACGCUGGCCUGUUAUUAGUCCCGCGUAUUAGAAAAACUAUACAGGAGGAAGAGCGUUCUUUUAUAAAGCUCCCCAACUUUGGAAUAGCCUCCCUAUUAAUAUACGGGACUCAGACACACUCUCAAUCUUUAAAUCUAGACUCAAAACAUUUCUAUUUGCUCAAGCUUUUGAGUAAUGUCUCAUUACAAUUUUCUUCCUCUUACAGCUUAUCCAGCAAAUAUAAACCCUGUCCUAAUCAUCUGCUUUCUCUUUCUCUCCCCAUGUCCUGAGCUGCUGCUACCAGUGCCCAUCCCACUCCAGCAGAGUUUUAUAAAACCAUUCUAACCCCUUUCUCUUCCCUCCCCUCUCUGUUCUCUCUCUCUAUCUUUCUCACAUGUGCUGAGACGCCUGGCCGGCCGGUCUUCCUGGAUGCGUCCGUCUGUGGUUCCAGCUUUCAGGAAUCAGCCCUGUCCUUCUACUCAUCAGACUUAUUACACAGCCCUUCUAACUUCUGCUUUUUUUCUCUUCCUUUCCUUUCUGUUUUCUCUAUCUAUCUCUUUUACAUGUAUGGAGAUGCUGUUCCUGAUGUUCCCAGCCUGGCUCUCCACUGCCCGCUGUGUUGUUCUCCGGCUCUGCAGCCCUGCACUGAUUACCAUUAACACACUCAGUAUCUGUUUCUGUAUUAGCCAUAGCUCUAUAGUUUGUGCCCAUCACAUUCUUAUAUUCAUAAAUUAGUACCUGUUAUAUUAGCCAUAGUUCACAUUAAUUCUCUGUACUGUUUUGUUCUGUUAUUUGUUUGUUGUUUGUUUGUACUGAGCGGGUCAACCCGAGUAGGAUGGGUUCCUCGGACUGAGUCUUGGUUCCUUCCAAGGUUUCUUCCUCUUAAAGGGAGUUUUUCCUUGCCACUGUGUCACCAUAAAAUUGGCAUCUCUGUGGUGCUGCUCAUAACCUUUGUUGUAAAAAGCGCUAUAUAAAUAAAAUUGAAUUGAAUUGAAUUAUUAUUAUAAUAAUUAUAAUCAUCAGUAUUCAGGUAAGGUGAAAUAUUUAAUAAGCAGUGAUGGGCAGAGGAUCUCCAGUUUGUAACAAAUCCACGAGAAAAUGACUGAAAUGUCUAAAAAUAAUGUUCCUACAAGAAAGAUUUAAAAAAUAUCAUUAAUAUAUUUAAGAAAUCAGAAGGAAUCUCAAUCUCAAAAAACUAAAUUGAACUCACUGAUCCCUCAGCAUCGUUUGCAUUAAGAACCAUCAUUCAGCAACAGCUGAUAGAAACACAUUACAGAGGAUUUCUUUACUCACCCUUAUCAACAACAAGCUACUAUACAGAGUUAAUAUAUUUACCUCACAACUUUUAUAUUCAAAACAGGAGUCUUAUAUUCACCAUGACUUUUCUUGGAUUGGAGAGGGACCAUCACACAGUGGAAAGGAGGACUGUCGGGGUAUUGGUGUGUCAGUAGUACACUUCUGUGAUGCAGCAUUAAUGCAGAUAAGUAGGCCUAUGGAGCAUCACAUGCUGCAACAUGCAAAUAAAAAACCACACACUACACAAAUUAAACAAGCCUAUCUCCUGACCUGCCCCCUGUUUUCAGCCCUAAAUCACAGGAAUAGAUGUAUAUUAAUAAAUGAAAAUAAACAGACAAAACAUGAAAAGUCUUGUGUUCAUACUGUCUGCAAUUAAAUAAAAGUCAAAGUAAAUUUC